AUGCCAACUUUCAGCCAGCCUUGUAACCAGAUGUCGCUUAUAAGAAUAUCGAGUUCACCCCUCAUUGUAGCCUCUAGGCUCGGAACUUCCCCUGCUUCAGUUCGCUUGGAUAGAUCUGCGAUGGCCUGCGCGUAUGAGCUCCUUCAAGGCAUUGAUGAACAGAGUGCUGCCGUGGUCGUCCAGCUGCAACUUCAGGAUGCCGAACUAUAUUUUUUUUCUUCCAAAGGAAAAUCUCGUGAGGGCGAGCUGUCGGACGAAUCGCUCGCAUUUCAGCUGCAAAAGCAAGAGCUAGAAAACUUCUCUUCGUUGCAUGCAGAUAACCAGAUGGCUCGAAGCAUGGCAACGGCCAUCUUGACUGAUGGACAGUUGUUGACAGAGACUCUGUCACAGGAAGAAAUCGCUGCAAGAGACCGUGAUAUGGCCCGUCAAUUGGCUGAUGGAGCAGUUCAGAGCCACAAUUCUUUCGACGAUGAGUUCUUGGAGAAGCUCCGAGUCUUGUACGUCUCUGGUUUUGAAGACGUCCGGCAUGACCCCGAUGGCGGAAAACUAGACUUUGCAGACGAUGCUCUGGCAGAGUCAUCUGCGUGGGCGGCAAGUCGAACCAGCAAUUCAUCCUCAAUAAACCGCCGUUGCGAAGCCUGCCGAGAAGAAAGAAAGUUUUUCAACGUGGCUCGUCUUCCAUGCCAUCACAAAUACUGCCAUGCCUCCAAUAAAGCUGGCGAGUGUCCGCAUAUUUCUGGAAUCCGAGCUUGUGCGAGGUUAAACGAGAAAAAGAAAGUCGAGUUCGAAACCCCAAAUAGAACCUACUGCCACUCGCCGAAAUGUUCGAGUUUCGUCAACCCCCGCAGCAUCGACGGCGAGGUAGCGACGUGCUUUGAGUGUGGUUUGACGACUUGCACGACUUGCAAAGGAUCAGCACACGACAGAGACUGUCCAAAUGACAUACUUUUGGAAGAACUGUUAGACACAGCCAGGGAAAAUGGGUGGCAACGAUGUUACAGCUGUUGGAGAGUUGUAGAACUCGAUCACGGUUGUAAUCACAUGACGUGUCGCUGUGGCGCUCAAUUCUGCUAUAUAUGUGGACAGCGUUGGAAGAGUUGCGCCUGUGAACAAUGGGAUGAGGGUCGUCUUCUUGCCCGUGCAAAUCAGAUUUUAGAUCGGGAACCUGAGCGUUUGGCUGCAGUUCCUGCUCCGGCUGAUGCAACCCGAUUAGCAAAUGCUCCCCACCUACCGCAAGAAAUCGACCCUCCCGCGAACCCUACCCUAGACCGGAGAAACAUCUUGGUUGCGGAAACCAUGCAAAAUCUUAGGGCAAACCACGAAUGUGGCCACUCUCACUGGCGGUGGGUCCAAGGACCUCACCAAUGCGAGGAAUGCCACCACUUCCUCACGCAGUAUAUCUUUGAAUGUCGUCUGUGCCGUCUGCAGGCAUGCAACCGGUGCAGAAGGAAUAGGCUUUAA